AUGCAGGUCACGUUAGUCCUCUCAUCGUUGCUGUUGGCCGUUGCAGUCAGCGCCUACCCCGCUCAAGGCCCCGAAUCUAAGGCGGUCAUCCUGAACCAAGAACAAGAAGUCAACUUCGACGGCAACUUCAAGAACAAAUUCGAAACCGACAACGGCAUCAAACAAGACGCAGUCGGUUACGCGAAGGCCGGCGCCGAAGGCCCAGUCUCAGUCGUCCAGGGCACAAAUUCCUACGUAGCCCCAGACGGUUCGGUCAUCUCACUCGGUUACACCGCUGACGAGUUCGGUUACCAUCCAUACGGCGCCCAUUUGCCCACUUCACCACCAAUUCCAGCAGAGAUCCAAGAGUCUCUCAAAUUAUUGGCCUCUCUGCCCAGCACACCCGAACCACAGUACCAGUGA